AUGUGCGGCGGGGCCAUUCUCAGUGAUCUCUACUCGCCAGUUAGGCGGAAGGUUACUGCCGAUGACCUAUGGACAGAGAGUGGCAGCAGUAAGAGUGGGAAGAACUGGAAAAGGAAGAGUUCUUGGGAGUUUGGUGAAGACGAUAACGAUGACUUUGAGGCUGAUUUCGAGGGAUUUGAGGAUGAGUUCCAAAUGAACAGUUCAAAUCUCGUGGUGGGGUUCAAUGUUCAUACUGCCAAAGUGGCCAGCAGGAAGAGAAGGACACAGUAUAGUGGGAUCCGGCGGCGCCCUUGGGGCAAAUGGGCAGCUGAGAUCAGAGACCCAUGCAAGGGCGUCCGAGUCUGGCUUGGCACCUACAGAACUGCUGAAGAGGCUGCAAGAGCCUAUGACAUGGCAGCCUGGCGCAUACGUGGCAAGAAAGCCAAGGAGGUGCUGAAGCUUGACGGCACCUCUGUCGAUCAUGUCAUCUCAGCUGGCAGCAGCACUGAUGAUGCCUCCGUCGUCAAGCUUGAGUUGCCAGAGUCAGCUUCUCUGCCACCCAUGUCCAGCGCAUGGCUUGACGCGUUUGAGCUGAAUCAGGUCAACGAGUUGAGCUACCUUGAAGCUGAAGGGAAACACGUACCUGAAGAAAUUGUUGGGGAGACAGAUAUGGUUUUUGGCAAUGGCGAAGCGAGGACUGCCGAUGAUUUUGGGUAUUAUGAGCCUUUCCUGAACUUCAUGCAGUUACCUUUACAUCGAAGGAGGGCGUCAACAUUGGAUGUCUCUGGAGUUUCGACGACGUGCCAAUGGACCACGGUGUUUACUGAGACGCAGCAGCUCAAGGAUCAUAGUUUCAGGUUGUAA